UCGUAGCGGUGUCGGAGGGGCCGUGCCGCCAUGAAUAGCGUGGGGGAGGCGUGUACCGAGCUGAAGCGCGAGUACGACCAGUGCUUCAACCGCUGGUUCGCAGAGAAGUUCCUCAAGGGCGAGAACGACGGGGACCCGUGCGGGCAGCUCUUCAAGCGCUACCAGCUGUGCGUGCAGAAAGCCAUCAAGGAGAAGGACAUCCCCAUCGAAGGGCUGGAGUUCAUGGGCCCGAGCAAAGGGAAAGCUGAAAACUCCUCCUGACUUCAGCUGAAUGCGGGGAGUCAGUGAUACGAGCCCACGGGCUGGGAACGGCGGCCACCCAGCAGCCAGGAUGGAUGCACCGGGACAGCGCUUUGCUGAGCUGCUUCCUCCAUGUAGCACUGUAGGAAGUGGGGUUUCCUCUGUGCCUGUAGAAACAAACUGCCGCGAGCCAAAAGACUUCACGGUGUGCUGCCUGCUGCCUCCUUCCCAAUGAAUCGUGGUGGUGGUUCGGCUUAUAACAGUGCAAAAAGAUGAUUUAACUUCUGUCGAAUGUACUUUAUAAUGGGAGAUGUUGAACCUGUAGUUAAUCUCUGACCCGUUUAUCUUGCUUAUUUAUGAUGUUAGGAAGCGUCUAACAAGAAGGUUGGUUUACUCUGUCUUAUCUCUGUGGUGCUGAAUUUGGGUGGAAGGAGGCUGGUUUAUAUGAUCCCAAACACCAAGGGCCUAAAGCACAGGUUUUGCCAGUAACAGAGAUGGUGUAAAAGCACUUUUGCUGGAUUUGCAAUAGCUUAAAUGAAAUAAAUGUAAGAAGUUAUAUUUUGUUCAGGUGGAUGACUGUUUGGUAACGUCUGAUUAUGACCUCCAGGAGGGACAGAGGCAGCCUGCAACAGAACUGAAGAAACAGUGAAAGCAGAGGCCACUUUCUUUGGCCUUUUCCGAGGUACUGAAGUGAUCCUGAAUCUGAGUUCUUGCUCCUGUAAUGUAAUGUGUCACUGCAGUAGAACUGCGCAGGCCUGGCUGUCUUUGCACACACGACCACACAGCACCAGGUUGGCCACAACUCCUGUUACAUCUUUGAUUGAGAUAAUCAAAGUGUUGAGUGACAGUGAUGCUGAACUGAAGCUUCACAGCUGAGAAGUUCAACGCCCCGGCAGCUUGUCCCGCCUCUUGGGGGACCUCACCUGCUUAUGAAACUGCUCAUGGACUAUGUGUGAGCUUUACACCUAGUAAAGCAAACUGAAGUUAUUUGUUGGUCUUAGUGAGUUGGCUUGUAAACUGCACAAACUCCAAGUAAGUUAUUAAGUAAGUUAUUUAGUAGUGGUUUUGAACGAGUGAGAUGGUUGUCUAACUUGCCAGGUGCCCCAUCUGAGAGUGUUUGUGUUACACUUCUGUGCAGCAUGACUGAACAGCACUUUGUUUUUUCCUUAAACGAGUAUCUGAAAUUCUCUUCCUUUGAAUGUAGAAAAGUAAAGGAGGCUGCUCAGCAAAAAGAAUAGGCUGGUGUGUAUUUUCCCAUCUAGUUAUGAAGGAGUUGUUAGGAAUUACCCUUCUCCUCUCCAAAUGUUUUCUACCUGGUCCACCCUGAUAUUUCAGCAGUAAGGCUUCCUUCGCUCCUGCAGAUCUUGCAACAGAUAGAGAGAAAAGGUGCUUGGAGAAGCGUGAGCUCAGUUGUCCUCAGCAAUGACAGUAGCUCAAACACGGUCACACAGCCUGCAUUAACCACGCUCCUGUGUGCACAAGGCAGCUGGCAAAAUAGUCUGUGCAGAGAUUAAGUGUAGCACUUCCAAAGUGAGCUGUUAAUGCUUACUGCUGGGUCACUCGGUAUAAAUGGAACUAACUUUCAGCUGCUAAGUUGGGACACUUCUUUCUCAGCACCAGGAAGAACACUUUGUGGUCUGUCGAGUAUGCAGCUUUAUUUUCGACUAGCACAUAAAACUGCUUUGCUUUUCUAUGAUCUUCAUAUAAGAACUAGUGUAUUUUGACAGUUAAAGUAACUGUGCCUCUUAGUGCCUUGUUCUAUGCAUUAUCAUAAGCUUAAGUUAUUUUAUUAUAGCGCUCUUCUGAGCUACGAGGAAGACAUAAAUAGCACUGAAGGCUAAAGAAGAUUGUCCCGUAGUGCUUCUGAAAUAAAAUUGUGUUUCUGCAGA